UCUCCGUCACAGGAUUCCAAGUACCUGGCAGACCUGAGGAGAUUCGUUUCCGUCCUCGCUCUGGACCCUCCUCUGCAGCGCCCCCCGAGUCGGGGGCCCCGGACGCCAGGGCUGAGGAGGAUUCAACCAGGACUUUCCAAAAGUUGCGGCGGGGCCUUCCGAUCCCCUCAGCCAUCUCCCAAACCUGGCCAGGCUGACAGGGCCAGCGAGGAUUCUCUACAGCUUGACAUUCAGAAACUCAAGGAGAAGAAGGACAUGUUGGACAAGGAGAUCUCCCAGCUAUUAUCAGAAGGCUACAGUGUAAAUGAACUGGAGGACCACAUCUCCCAGCUCCACGAGUAUAAUGACAUCAAGGAUGCGGCCCAGAUGCUGCUGGGAAGACUAGCUGUGAUCCGAGGUGUCACCACCAAGGAGUUGUAUCCAGAAUUCGGCCUAGACAUGAAUGACUGAGCUCACAGCCCUUUGCCCAUGGCCCACUGGGACAGGCAGAUGCGGACAUGAGAAGAAGCAGUGAAAGCCCAACCAGUGAACCCACAGGCUUUCCAGCAAGAAAACAUCAGAAGCCCUUUUUCUAGAGAGCCCAAGCCAAGUCAGGAGGGAGCCCAGCUCUAAGGUUCCCGAAACAUUCCAAUGAUAUCUGUGUAUGUGUAUGUAUCCUGUUUAUAAAUAAACAUGAGUGAUUU